AUGCCCGCUCGCCGUGAGAUACGCAUCAAAGACUUUGCUCCUGAAGCCUACGGCGUCGUUUGCAAGCCUUUCAUCGUCGUCCUGGGAACCAAAGAGCAUGAAGACCUCGAGGUUCAUCCGAAGGAACUGAAAAGAUGGUAUGAGGAUGGGGGGUUUUUGGUGCACUGCCUCGACUUCCUCGAGCAAGGAUUCCCCGUAAUUCCGCUUUUCACAGGCAUAUUGUCCAACGGUAGAAGGACUUGGAUCUACGCUGAGGACGUGGCCCCCAUCGGAGGCAAUGAGAACUUCGAGUCUGGUCUGGAAUUCUAUCAUACCAUUGUCUGGAAGUGA